AAAAUGAUCCACAGCCUGUUUCUUAUAAACUGUUCUGGUGAUAUAUUCUUGGAGAAGCACUGGAAGAGUGUUGUGAGCCAAUCUGUGUGUGAUUAUUUCUUUGAAGCUCAGGAGAAAGCAAUCGAUGUUGAGAAUGUGCCUCCUGUCAUCUCAACGCCACAUCACUACCUCAUCAGCAUCUAUCGGGAUAAAAUCUUCUUUGUGUCUGUCAUACAGACAGAAGUGCCACCACUCUUUGUAAUUGAAUUUCUACACCGAGUAGCAGAUACUUUCCAGGAUUACUUCGGCGAAUGUUCUGAGACUGCAAUUAAGGACAAUGUAGUUAUUGUGUAUGAACUUCUAGAAGAAAUGUUAGACAAUGGCUUUCCACUGGCAACAGAAUCUAACAUAUUGAAGGAGCUGAUUAAGCCUCCCACAAUUCUGCGCUCUGUUGUCAACUCCAUCACAGGCAGCAGUAAUGUGGGUGAUACACUUCCCACUGGACAGUUGUCCAACAUUCCUUGGCGCAGAGCAGGGGUAAAAUACACAAACAACGAAGCCUAUUUUGAUGUCAUUGAAGAAAUUGAUGCGAUUAUAGACAAAUCAGGUUCCACAAACCCGCGGCUGCUGGAUGACGUCAGCUUCCAUCCAUGUAUUCGGUUCAAACGCUGGGAGUCUGAGAGAGUCCUUUCAUUUAUUCCUCCCGAUGGGAAUUUCAGAUUGAUCUCCUACCGUGUCAGCUCACAGAACUUGGUGGCAAUUCCUGUAUAUGUGAAACACAUGAUCAGUUUUAAGGAAAACAGUUCUUCAGGAAGAUUUGACGUUACCAUUGGACCAAAACAGAAUAUGGGGAAAACAGUGGAAGGAGUUGUCAUGACAGUUCACAUGCCAAAGGCCGUACUUAAUAUGAACCUCACUGCUACACAAGGCAGCUAUACAUUUGACCCAGUUACUAAAGUGUUAACGUGGGAUGUUGGCAAAAUUACCCCUCAAAAGCUACCAAACCUGAAGGGCAUGGUGAACCUGCAGUCUGGAGCUGCCAAGCCAGAGGAGAAUCCAAGUUUAAACAUCCAGUUUAAGAUACAACAGCUUGCAAUUUCAGGACUGAAGGUGAAUCGCCUAGACAUGUAUGGAGAAAAAUACAAGCCUUUUAAAGGUGUCAAAUACAUUACAAAAGCAGGAAAAUUCCAAGUCAGGACAUGAGGAGAUGCUCUACUUCCAAGAGGAAAUUCCCCUUAAAAAAAACUUGACUGCUUAGUGACUUAUGUUGCUAUUAAUUAGGUGCCAAUUAAUUAACAGACACUGAUUAGUUUGGGAAUCAAAACAUUUGUGCACAGCAGCUCUUAAAAUGAAAGCGUAGCUUAGUUUUUCUUAAUAUGGCUUUAAAAUAAGGUACUUUUUUUCUAAUACACCUUCACUCUUUUUUUACUGAAUUGUUGUGCUGGUGAAUAGUUUGAUAGAGGUGAUCCACGGAACGUCGCAAACACCACACUGCCAGGCAGAUACCAAAGCCCAGAGGCCAAGCACAUUACGAAGGCCAGACUGGCCGCUGGAGAAGUCUUGCGGUGGCACGUUCUGCUGCUGCAGCGCCUGCAGAGAAAGCUCGGCUAUUCUCACGGCCAGCUGCAAGCUGGUAUUCCACAAAGCAUCGCGUAAUCCCUUCAGAACUAGAGCGGCAGUGAGGGGGCAGGGGUCCCACAGGGGCCUGGGGCAUAGCAAGUGCCACUCCCAAGAAAGAGCUUCUGAUGAAGAAAAAAAUAAUUUCCUUGUUGUUUACAAGAAAUCGCCUUUCUUAAGAAGCAUUUGCCUUAAUCAGCUUUCAUUUGUGCCAUCUGCAGAUGAGCUGAUAAAAAUAACAUUCUGCAUUAGAUCUGGGAGGUGAUUGUCGCUUCAGUAAUCCACUUUCUUGCCAUUCAGUGUCAUCAUCGCCAUCAUUUUUUGUAAGACAACAGUUGCAGAGAGUAAGAUCUAUUUUUUAUGUGAAGCCUUUGCUUUGAUUUAGAUGUUCCACUUGUUCGAAGUGGAUGCCACCAGAUUUGUGCCACAUGUACAUUGGAGUGUAGCUUUUUAGAUAGCACAAUAGAAGUGUCAAGCGUAUUUAAUGGUUGUGUGCUUUAAUGUUAUGAAAUAAAGGGAACUCUACUGCAAAUACAUCUUCUCUUGUGAAGUGUUCGCAAUAUUGUAAAAUAUUCGUGAUGCUUUUAGUCAGGAGACAUCUGAUAUACAAUUAAAUGAUGACUAUUUGCUACAUCUUUGCUGAACUUGAUCACUGUGCAGCUAUUUAAGGUUUAGAAAGGGCAUUUAGGAGCACGGCAGGUAAGCUCCCUUUCAUAUUUUUUAUUUUUAAAUGGAGAACAAUCAAUGUUUAGAUUACAAUGUUUCAAAGACACAACAGUGGUGAUGCAAAGCUGACCAAACUUUUUCUUAUAAACCAAUACAUGCUCCGCAGUACCCGUCAGGGUUCAAACCGUACAGCUGGUCAGUACAUGGUAGGCUGAGAAACCCAAAUUCAGAAUUAAGGAAGGGUGGGAGACCAGAGAAUCUUUGUUUCCCUGACCUGUUUGGCUCACAAAUUGAUGAAUAGCUGCUAACUUCAGUUCCUAUUCCUCACCUGAAGCAGAGUCAUUCAGCAGUCAAAAUUUCAAGUACUGGGACAAAAAAUGAUCCAGUCUGAAAAAAGGAGGGGGAACCCAUCUGAACACUGGCAGCAAGCCAGUAAGGAAAGAAAUCAGCCCCUACGCUCUACUGGUAACUUUGGUAAUCUCGCUGGAGACAUCUGGGCCACAGCCAGCCAUUCUGAAUUUCUGAAAUGACAGUAGAUGAGAUAAAACAGCACUCUCAAGAACCAGCACCUAUAAGAAAGCCUUGCAUUUGUGUAGACACGACAUUUUUGCUAUUGAAAGCUACCAACCUUCUAGUCUACCUUUUUCAACUGGAGAAAGAUCCAUCAACUCAUCCUACAGUUCCCACUCCAUCUUUCAGCAUCUUUCAGUUACAGUUAUUUUACUAGAAUUUUACUCUGUAACUGGUAACAUCCCAAGCUUAAGCCUGAGAGCUAGAGCCGCUCUCUGCAUCAGCAGCCUGGAAACGCCGCAGGAUCUCCAUUGGGAACCGACGCCGUUACUGACACAGAACAUAACGCAAUACCAAAUCGGGCCAGCCCUAACACCCACGCCUCCCCGCAGCAUGGCACAGGACAAGCCUUGCCAACCUUCUGUAACUCGGGCACCAGGGAAGCGUGCACAAAGCUGCCAUCUCUGGAAAAGCCUUGAUCCGUACUUCACAGCGCGCCAAGUCGCUGUCAACAAGAAUUACACUCACCUGGUAGGAAACCACCUGGAGCAUGAAGAUGGUUUUCGUCAGGGAAAUGGGGUUACUUGUGCGAGGCUUAAACCGUUUGCUGUAGGUGUGCUGGCUCCUGCCGUUUCUCCAAACAGGAAACUCGGCUGCAGAAUCUGCAGACGGGGGGACUGCGUCCGUAUUCUCCCCUGUUAAAAAACCCUGCACCGGCACCUGUAUGAAUAUUGCAGCUUCAGAAAUCCGAGGGUGUCAUUACUGAGGAAUGAGUACGGCCGGUGUCUGGGCUCCCCGUCUCUUGGUGUCCCGCUCUGGGAGUGCUGGCAAAGGUGAUUGUCUCUUGGGUUCUUGUACUCUCAGGUAUGGAGAGAACCAUGUGAACAGUAUGAAAUCUGGAUUUUUACCUAUUAUUACUAAAUCCCAGGUGCCUUCCAGCACUGUGAGACUAUGCUCGGUCCUACAGCACCAAUAAAUGUUGGUUCCACAAAGUCAGAACAUUGUGUGUGCUGGUAGAACUUUUUAACAAGAAAAAAAAAGAGUUUAUAAGAGGUUCUUACCAUGAAGGAAUGAAGGAGACCGGACAGUGAUUCCAUGCUAAUCGCCCUUGCAUUCAAUUUGUGAAGUAAAAUUCAGAUUAAUGAGGUGUUGGCCAGAGUAGCAGUUCUUCCCUUAUUGACAGGAUCAGGCAAAUCCCAUUUCAAGUUCUCAGAACCCUGUUUGGUGCUACUAGAGGAGAUGACUGUCAGGCCGCUGGAAAAACUCCCGUUUUCUUCCACGGGACCACAGCCUCCAGUCAGUUCUUUAGUUACUAGCUUUACAGGCACAAAAGACAGAAAACAACUUGUUUUAAUCUUCACCCAUUUGAGGAACUUUGCACUUUUUUCUGUUCAGAAUGUGUCACGACAACUGUUCUUUUGCUUUAGCACUGCUGCUGCUUUCGCUUUUGGCUCGUUACGGUGUUCCCCACCGCUCCAUUACCAUUAAUACUCACGAGCUGACAUUUGUACAAAUGCGUUUUUAUUUUUUUUAACAGAACCAAAGAAAGGUUGAAAACAUUAGACUAUACAAUACAUUUUGGUUUAUAAACAAAGUUUGAUAGUGGUAAAACAUUUCUAAGUGACAUUCAUGGUCUUUGUCAAAUUUUUGCUGCGUUUCAGGUCUGAAGACUAAUAGUGUUCAAAAAAGCAGUAAUAGCAUAAGGUGGACAAGUAUUUUAGCUUGUACAAAACAGUUCGAGAACUUACAGCAAACAUUCUGGAAGAAUAUCAAAGGCAACCAUGAUUCGUAACUUUUCCUGCAAACAUUCCUCGAUAAACAAAAAGUGAUCUUUGGCAUAAACAAUCAUGUAUUAAAGGCAUUAGUAAUAUUGCAUUAAUAUCAGUCAAGCAACUAAACAGUGAUGCUAAAAAGAAAAUCUCAGAGAAGCCUGAACUGGGGGGGGGAGGACACGUGAGGAGCAUUGAAAAGUAAUACAGGAAGACUAUUUAGAAAAUCCCUUAAAAAUAACCCCUACCUAUUCAGUGUUAUUUACUAUUAAAUAGAAAUUACUACAUUACAAUUACGUUAAAGAUCUGGUAUAAACCAACCAAAUGCAAGACAUUCAGGUUAAGGCUCUGGUGCCCCUUCCUUCCUCCUCCUGUGGCAGGGAGCUGCAGGAAGAGAACUCGUAAGGAGAGACCCUAAGUACCACGCGUGUCGCAAUACCCAGACACAAGGAGUGAGGUAACGACGAACGCGUGCUUUCUCUUGCCAAGGUCAGUUUGAGGCAGAUGUAUUCUGAUCAGUUUAACUUCCCUUUUUAGAUAACAGUGCAAUGAAGGGGGGUGGAGGGGAGGAAGUCCAACUGUAGAGUAACUGUUGCAGACAGGUAAAGGACAGCUGGCUCUAUCGUGUGUCUCUUCAAGCUGUUAAGACUGAGCAGUUUUUCCACAAGGGCACUUCUAUUACAGGUGGUUUCAUCAUGCAACAAUUUUCAGCAAAUUAAGAGGGCAUCGUGAGGUCCAGUGCUGAUCUGGGCAGAAGGCUGCAAGCAUUCCUUGCCUACGUGCAGACACUCAUUCUAAAACAGUAAUUCUCCUUUCUGUCAAAUGCCAAAAGAGACUACGGAGCAAUUAAAUUAAUGUGUGUGUGUGUCUGUGUGUAUAUAUAUACAUAUAUAUGUAUGUAAAGGCAUGUUCAAUUAUGGAAGGAUAAAAGCAUCCCUAGUCUAUUUUAGUACUAGAGGGGCGGAUUAUGUAGAGUUUGUUUGGGGUGCUUUUUUAAAGAUAGAGUAGCACUUUGUUCAGUUCACUACUACUAGAACUAGAAAUAAAGAUUUUGAGCCUCCAAACUCCAAAUGUCAAAACCAGUAACAAUACCCUGGUACGUUUAGCAUUAGGAACCACUGUUAGCUGGUAGCCAUCCGAGUACCUAAAAAGGGUUCCCUGUCCCUGCAGCACUUGGGUUUCAAAAAGCUUAUGCAUUGUUGGAAACAAGGGCAGCAAGGCAAAAGGUCUUUUUUAGUUGAGUAUCUUUACCUUUUGCUUUCCACCCUGAGUGGCUGGAAUAACAUUAGAUGGAGGGAAGAGGGGGAAAAAAAAA